GGGAGGAGGAGAAUAGCUCACUUUCUCUGGAGGGCCUGAGAAGGAUCAGUUUACAGGCGUCAGCAUGGGGUGUGACCCUUCUUCCUUCUCUCCAUCUUGGCGCUGGCACGUGCCUCUGGUGACCAUCAUCUCACAUUAGCCCACGGUCUGGGCAGAAAACAUUACCGGGGCUCCUUUUCUCCCCCACCCAAAACAUUCUCAGUCCUUUCACUGUCCUGGCUUCUGAUUGGAGGCUCGUUGCUUCAGAUAAUGACCUCCAGGACCCCUCUGUGGGUUAUAGCCUGUUUGUAUUACUCUUACCGCAGCUUAAGACGCCUGCAGUGGGGAGUAAGGAAAAGGAAAAGACCAGCAUUUUCAACAUCCCCAGGUACCAGAAGCACAGAAGACUGACAGCAUUCCAGCUACCUGCGUGGGUCCAGGGCUGGCAGCUGCCCAUGUGUCCCUUGCAGACAGGCCGUUCGUUAAGAUGAGGGAUCUUUUUCAGUAUGUCGCCUGCUUCUUUGCAUUUUUCUCUACUGGGUUCUUGGUUGUGGCCACCUGGACAGACUGUUGGAUGGUGAAUGCAGAUGACUCCCUGGAGGUGAGCACAAAAUGCCGAGGCCUCUGGUGGGAGUGUGUCACAAAUGCUUUUGAUGGGAUUCGCACCUGUGAUGAGUACGAUUCUAUACUUGCUGAACACUCCUUGAAGCUGGUGGUAACUCGGGCGCUGAUGAUUACUGCAGAUAUUUUAGCUGGAUUUGGAUUUAUUAUCCUGCUCCUUGGUCUUGACUGUGUGAAAUUCCUCCCUGAUGAGCCAUACAUCAAAGUCCGCAUCUGCUUUGUUGCUGGAACCACAUUACUUAUAGCAGGUGCCCCGGGAAUCAUUGGCUCUGUGUGGUAUGCUGUUGAUGUUUAUGUGGAACGUUCUUCUCUGGUUUUGCACAAUAUAUUUCUUGGCAUCCAAUAUAAAUUUGGUUGGUCCUGUUGGCUUGGAAUGGCUGGGUCUCUGGGAUGCUUCUUGGCUGGUGCUGUCCUCACAUGCUGCUUAUACCUCUUCAAAGAUGUUGGACCUGAGAGGAACUAUCUGUAUUCCAGGAGGAAAGGCUAUUCAACUACAGCUGUUUCCAUGGCCCAGUCAUAUGCAGCCCCUCGGACACAGACUGCCAAAAUGUAUGCUGUAGACACUAGGGUGUGAAGUGACACAUAUCAGUCAGUGUGUAUAUGUUGUUUAACUAACCAAUCAAUAUGUUCAAGUUAAUAAAAUAGCCGGCCAAUCCAGGAAUAGUUAUCUAGACUUCCUGUUCAACUAAAUUAAUUGCUUAGCUUAAUCAAAAAGUGUGAUUCUCCUAUCACUUCUCCUUCUCAAUUAUUCUUAUAUUCUUCUACAUUCUUUUACCCUCUCUCUCUCACACAUAUACACACGUACACUUUCCCUGUAUUUUAAGAUAAGGUUGCUGGGAUAUAAAACUGUUUGUUGUGAUAUUGCUGCUAGAGAUAGUGACAUAGUGAUAUUAAAAUUAAAUGACGCUUUAAGAAUAGAAAACAACUUUCAAAAGAGGUCAGAGAUUCUAAUCUUUGAAAGGAUUGUCAAGCUCUUAGCUCUUUCCCUGGUUUUUGGCUCACUUUUUGUAUUCUCAAUUGAGUGAGUUAUUUGAUAACUUUGAAGAAGAUGAUUUUUCCAAAUUCAAACAAGUAUAUCAAAACUUACCAUUGCUCUGAUUCUGUUAAAAUAGAAAAAGAAAAUAACAGCUUCAUGUACCAGCCACUGGUGGGAGUUAAAGAUAAAAAGAUCCCCCUCCAAACUCUAAAUGUCAAAAGCAAAUGCUAAAUUAAUACCAGAGUCAGUGCUGACCUUCUUCCUCAUUAACCACAUUAAAGAUCUGUGUAUUUUUUUAAUCACUACUCCAAGUUUGCCUAUAGAUUGUCAAAUAUUAAACUACAGCAGUUAAUAGCUAAACCGGAGAGUUCACUUAGCAUUGAUUGGGCAUCCAAAUGUAUCUCAAGAAUGUAACAUAUUAGAAUUCACCAUUUCAGGUGUCCUCUCACCACUGGAUCCUCAGCACCCAGCAAAAUAGCUGACAUAUGACAAAAUGUAAAAAAUAUUUGUUGCUUGAAAGCAAUAAAGGCUCAACAAUUCUCUAUUGAAAAAAAUCAAUUUUCCUCACAAAAUAUGUGCUUUUUGAAAAAAUAGAAUUAUAUACACACUUAAAGAAAUCAAUGAAUAAUUGCUAAAGGGAUUUUGUUCAUAUCCAUAAUAUAAACAUAUUUCAAUUUUUUUAAUUGUAGAGUUUUUUUUUAAGUUAUAAACUUUAACCUCAGGUUUUCUGGUUCCUUGAAACUCACAUGAAUAGCAUUAAUAGCCAUACAGUAUCUUAACAGACUAUCAACUGAACUACAAAUUAGUUCUUUGGAAAAUGGAAAUUUAGUUGUGAACGUCUGAAGCUCCCAAAAGAAGUCUUUCCAAUUUAAAACGCUAAAAAUAAUGUGAAAACGAGAUGGUGGAAACUGGUACAUACAUUGCUGAGAAUGAUGUUCAUGACUUCAUAUGACAUCUCUUUACUAGUAUCUCAGGAGAAUUUAUAAUACAAUCUUAGAAUUAAGAGCAACUGAUUCACUUUUAUUUCAUGGAUGUUAUUAACUGUAACUGACAUUUAACAAAAGUAAUUGUAGAUUAUGUUUACUAGUUAUAUGGGUAUUAUUCUAAGCAUUUUAAAGCUUAUUUUGUGUUGUUCUUUUUUCUCAACCUUAGCUUUUAAAUUUUUUAUUCCCAUAUUUAUUUUAUGAUAUACUGUCUGUCAUGUUUUAUAUAUUCUAAUAAGUCUCUUGAAAUACUUCUGGGGAAAGGCAGGGUAAAUUUAAUUAAAUAAUUAAUUAGAUUUUAGAGGUACAAAUUUUUCCCUCCUUAAAGGUUUCAUUUCUAUGAGGAAAAAUUUCAGAGGAUUAUGGUGAUAAUCGAAAUCUAUUAAUGUUUUGAAUAUUUUUCUCAAUAAAAACAUUUUGCAUAUCCUGG